AUGGUUCAUCUCCUGCAGACCUCACUGCAGACCUGGUACCGUCACUGCUACUCCACCACGCUUCCUGUCCUCUCAAUCAUUACCCAUGGGUGUGAGAGUUCAGUCCACCUGUGCUUGAAAUAUCACUGCGUGCUGCAGGUAAAUGGCAAAGUACAGAGCGGGCCAGACCUGAGUAUCACGCACUUCAGUGGCCUCAAGCUCCCCAACCCGUUUGUCAUUGGAAGCGGGCCUCCUGGCACAAACUACCAGGUGAUGAAGAAGGCCUUUGAUGAAGGCUGGGGUGCAGUCAUUGCGAAAACCGUGUCCCUGGACUCCUCAAAGGUCAUCAAUGUAACACCGCGCUAUGCCAGGAUGAAGGCUUCGGACAAGAAGGAGGUGAUAGGAUGGGAGAACAUAGAGCUCAUCAGUGACCGGCCACUGGAAGUGAUGCUGGAUGAGUUCAAGCGGCUCAAACAGGAGUAUCCUGACAGGAUCCUGAUAGCAUCAAUCAUGGAGGAGUACAACAAGGCGGCAUGGGAGGAGCUGAUAGCGCGGUGUGAGCAGACGGGCGUUGACGCGUUUGAGAUCAACUUCAGCUGCCCUCACGGCAUGCCCGAGAGGAAAAUGGGCAUGGCCAUGGGCCAGGACUGCCAGCUGCUGGAGGAAGUUUGCGGGUGGAUCAAUGCCAAGGCGAGUGUGCCGGUGUGGGCCAAGAUGACCCCCAACAUCACAGACAUCACCGUCCCGGCGCGCACAGCGCUGGCGGCCGGCUGCGAGGGCGUGGCGGCUAUUAACACAAUCACCUCGGUCAUGGGCAUUAAUCUGGAUACCCUGCGCCCAGAGCCCAGCGUUGAGGGGUACUCCACUCCUGGCGGCUAUUCCUCCAAGGCUGUCAAGCCCAUCGCUCUCGCCAAGGUGAUGUCGAUAGCGCAGAUGGUGGCUUCAGAGUAUGGGGGAGCCAGGGAUGUGUCAGCCAUUGGGGGAGUAGAAACCGGGAGGGACGCUGCUGAAUUCAUCCUCCUUGGAGCAAACAGCGUGCAGGUUUGCACUGGGGUGAUGCUGCAUGGGUACCCCCUGGUGAAGCAGCUCUGUGGCGGUCUCCAGGAGUUCAUGGUGCAGCACGGCUUCAACAGCGUUGAGGAGUUCCGGGGCGCGAGCCUGCCCUACUUUACAACGCACCACGAGCUGGUGCGCAUGCAGCGCGAGGCCGUGGCCGCCAAGAAGCGCGCGCGCACCGGCCUCUCCGGCGACGACAAGUGGAGCGGCGACGGCUUCGUGCGCGAGGCCGAGUCCAUGGUCGCCAACUAG